AUGGCUGCGACGGAGCUCAAGGCCGAAAACCGGCCCAAAUAUGAAAGAACCCAGUCUCAACCCGAGAACCCCUUUGCUACUCUCAUCCCCGACCAAGAGAUAGCCAUCAUCCCGUCUUUCACCCUCGAGUCCGGCGUCACUCUUAGAAAUGUCCCCGUGGCCUACACCACAAGAGGCACCCUGUCUCCCCAGGGCGACAAUGCCAUGGUCAUCUGUCAUGCCUUGACUGGGAGCGCCGACGUCGGUGACUGGUGGGGACCCCUCCUCGGAGGUCCCGGGAAGGCUUUCGACACCUCGCGCUUCUUCAUAGUGUGCAUGAACAGUCUGGGUAGUCCUUACGGGACGGCGAGCCCUGUCACCGCCAAGGAUGGCGACCCCUCCAAGGGCCGCUAUGGCCCCGAGUUUCCUCUCACAACCAUUAGAGAUGACGUCAGGCUACACAAGAUGCUACUGGACGAUCUGGGAGUCAAGCAGGUUGCCGCCGUCAUUGGCGGUUCCCUUGGCGGCAUGUUCGUCCUGGAAUGGGCUUACCUGGGCAAGGCGUACGUCCGGUCCAUCGUUCCCAUUGCCACAUCGAGUCGACACAGCGCCUGGGGCAUCAGCUGGGGCGAAGCACAGCGCCAGAGCAUCUACGCAGACCCCAAGUACGAAGACGGCUACUACACCUUCGAAGACCCGCCCUCCACCGGUCUAGGCGCCGCCCGCAUGUCGGCCCUAUUGACCUACCGCAGUCGCAACUCCUUCGAGGCCCGUUUCGGCCGAAACAUCCCCGACCCGUCCAGGCGGCAGACCAUCCGCGAGAGGCCGAGGCCCACCACCCCGUCCGAGGCCCAUUUCCACAUCCACAACGACGGCCACAGGGUGUCGCGGGCCGGCUUAUCUCGCCACAACAGCCAAACAUCCUUUGUGACUGCCAACACCCACGCCGACGCCGACGCCAACGCCAACGCCAACGCCAACGCCAACGCCAACGCCAACGCCAACGCCAACGCCAACGCCAACGCCAACGGGGACACGAGGAACGGAUCGUCCUCGCCGUCAUCCCCCACCCACCAGGCCGUUUCGGCAGACCCCCAGUUCCACGGCCCACAGACCGAGACCAGCCUGACAGGCGGCGAAAAGCUCCCGACAUCGACCUACUUCUCCGCCCAGUCAUACCUCCGGUACCAGGGCCAAAAGUUCGUCAAGCGCUUCGACAGCAACUGCUACAUCGCCAUGACGCGCAAACUGGACACCCACGACGUGUCGCGCGACAGAGCCCCGACAGUGGCCGAGGGCCUGGCCGUGAUCGAGCAGCCCACCCUCGUGCUCGGCAUCGAGAGCGACGGGCUCUUCACCUUCGCCGAGCAGGAGGAGCUGGCGGCGCACAUCCGGAACGCGAGGCUCGAGCGUAUAGACAGCCCGGAGGGACACGAUGCUUUCCUUUUGCAGUUCGAGCAGGUGAAUCGGUACGUGUUGGACUUUUUGAAGGAGACGCUGCCUGAUAUCAUGAGUAAAGAAGGGCGAGCGGAGGAGGUGGAGGAAGGGGUGGGGAAGUUGACCAAGAGCAGUACCUUUGGAGAGGCUGAGGUGGAGGACAUCACAGCGUGGUAG